GAAAAAUGCAAUCUCCGAUUGAUAUUAAAGACAAAAAUGUUACAGUUACUACUAAACUUGGAUCUCUUCGUAGCCAAUAUUUACCUUCCAAUACUACCAUUAAGAACAGAGGCCAUGAUAUCAUGUUGAAAUUUAAAGGAGGAAAUGGAGGUAUAGGUAUCACUCUUCAUUGGCACUCUCCUUCCGAACACACAAUCAAUGGCAAAAGGUUUGCUCUUGAGGAACACCUGGUUCAUGAGAGCAAAAAUGGAAGUUACGCUGUUGUCGCUUUCUUAUUCAAAUAUGGAGCACCUCACGCUUUUCUCCUUUCGCUACACCAAUUUAUACACUUCGGACCAAAAGACGAUAUUGGGAAAACAUUACUGAAGAAGAUAACUGAUACACAUAAUGCCGAGGAAUAUGUCGGAAUGAUUAAUCCCAAAAAACUCAGUUUUGAAUCGAAACGAUAUUAUAGAUAUUCUGGAUCACUUACUGCUCCUCCUUGUUCUGAGAAUGUUCUUUGGUCCGUUUCCAAGCAGAUUAGGACCGUGGCAAGUGAGCAAGUGAAGCUUCUCCGCGUGGCUGUACACGAUUUUACCAUACAUACG